AUGGAGGAGCCAAGGAUCACCAUGACAACGAAAAAUGUCUAUAAAUGUCUAUUAGAAGGUGAUCGUUUCGAGAUAGAUGUCACUGGUACUACCAAUGAAGACUUGGGGGCGCUUUUAACAGCCAUUGAUAAAGCUGCUUUGUAUUCGCGAGUCAAGCAGUACAAUCUUAAUGAACAAAUAUCGUCCGAGUUGAUUCAGGGCACAAUAUCAAAGUGUCCUGUGACUCUCUGUGCUUGCCAUCGUGAACGGUUUAAGCGUUACGGCUUCUAUGGAGACCAAAUAGAGAGAAUACAAGUUCCUGAAGGAACUGAAUUUAUCCAUACGACUCCUAGAAGAUCUUCUACCGAUGAAUAUGAAACCGAGGAAGAUGGUGUUAUUAUUAGACUUCCUCCUAAUGCAUAA